GCUUGUCUUCCCGGAGACGGCUGGCUCCUCUCGCUUCCGCUCCCCUAUCGUCGGGAGGCUACGACUGGAGAAGCGCCACGUCUCGAGCGCUCGUCCGCUCCCCUCUCUCCUCCGCCCCACGCCGCCGAUGAGCUGCCGCGCGGCUCCGUGGAGCCGCCCGUCGCUCCCCGCCUCGGCGAGGCCACGCACUCCGUUCGGAAGUAGGAAUCUGUGGAAGAAUCCAAUCCUUAAGGAUUCAUGGAGACUUGUUGGUGGUGUGCCAAAUAUGUUUGGACUGCCAUCAAGGCUUUUCAGGUGCAUGGCUUCAAGUGGCUCUGGGGAUGGUGGUUUUACUCGAUCCACAUCAACUGAUGAAGCGCCAAUGCCGUUAUACUCUUGGCCAGAUAAGCAGCGACCACGAGUGUGCAUCUUGGGUGGUGGAUUUGGUGGCCUGUACACUGCUCUAAGAUUAGAAUCUCUUGUGUGGCCCAGUGAUAAGAAACCUCAGGUUGUGCUGGUUGAUCAAUCGGAUAGAUUUGUAUUUAAGCCCAUGUUGUAUGAGCUCUUAUCAGGAGAAGUGGAUGCCUGGGAGAUAGCUCCAUCUUUCACAGAGUUGCUGAAAAACACUAGUGUUCAAUUUGUGAGGGACACUGUAAAGCUUCUGCGCCCUUCUGACCACUUUAGAAGAGAAGCUGGAGAAUCAUGCACUGGCGGAGUUGUUCAUCUGGAAAGUGGCACUGUCAUUGAAUAUGAUUGGCUCGUUCUUGCUUUAGGGGCUGAAGCUAAAAUUGAUGUCAUUCCAGGAUCUGCCGAAUAUGCACUUCCUUUCACAACAUUAGAGGAUGCUUUGGUUCUUGAGUCUCGAAAUAUUCGACUUUUCUUGGGAUAUUUCGUGACCUGCAUUAGAGAGGCUUCUACUUCUGAUGAUUCAAGUAGUGCAGUUACAGAUUCUGAAGUUGUUAUUGGUGAUCAUAAGAAACUAAUUUUGGACCUUCAACCUGCUGAAAGAGGCCGCCAGGGCCAGAUUCUGGAGGCUGAUUUGGUACUGUGGACAGUGGGUUCAACAUCUCAGAUUCCUCGGUUACAGCCUCCCGAUGCUCCCUAUGUGAUUCCUUUGAAUGGCCGAGGGCAGGUAGAGACAGAGGAAACCCUUCAAGUAAAAGGCCAUCCCCGAACAUUUGCAAUUGGUGAUUCAGCAGCUCUAAGAGAUCCAUCAGGCAAACUUCUACCAGCCACUGCACAGGUUGCUUUUCAACAAGCAGAUUUUGCUGGAUGGAAUCUCUGGGCAGCCAUCAAUGACCGACCACUUCUGCCAUUCAGGUUCCAAAAUCUCGGUGAGAUGAUGACGCUUGGCAGAAAUGACGCUGCGAUAACAGCAAGUUUCAUUGAGGGACUGACCUUGGAAGGACCUCUAGGACAUGCUGCUCGGAAGAUUGUGUACUGCCUUAGAAUGCCCACAGAUGAACACCGGGUGAAGGUUGGAAUCAGCUGGUUCACAAAGACUGCUAUCGAUUCACUUGCCUCUCUGCAAAACGCAGUGGCCAACGCAUUUCCUUCACCCACCCCGGCCGACUCCACCACCAACCACUCCCCGCCUCUGCCCAUGGCCACGGAUCCCGACUCUGAGGUCGUCUUCGACUUCCCGCCGUACCUCUGCCAGUACAAGAGCGGCCGCAUCGUCCGCCCCGGCGGCGCCCCCACCGUCCCCGCCGGCACGGACCCGGCCACCGGCGUCGCCUCCAAGGACAUCCACGCUGGCGCCGCCUCCGCGCGCGUCUACCUCCCGCCCGGCGCGGUCGGCAAGGUCCCCGUCAUCGUGUACUUCCACGGUGGCGGCUUCGUGGUCGGCUCGCCUGCGCGGCCGAGCACGCACAACUACCUCAACGACCUCGUCGCGCGCUCCGGCGCCAUCGGCGUGUCCGUCUACUACCGCCUCGCGCCGGAGCACAAGAUCCCGGCGGCGUACGACGACGGGUGGGCCGCCGUUCGGUGGGCGGUGACCCUCGGCGACGGCGCGGAUCCGUGGCUGCUCGAGCACGCCGAUCUCUCCCGCGUGUUCCUGGUGGGGUGCAGUGCCGGCGCUAACAUCGCGCACAACAUGGCCGUGCGCGCCUCGGCCUCCGGCGCGCUCCCCGACGGCAUGACCCUCCGCGGGCUCGCGUUGGUGCACCCUUACUUCACCGGGAAGGAGGCCGUGGGCGGCGAGAUCGCGUUCGGCCCCGAGAUCCGGGGGUUCAUGGACCGCACGUGGCGGUUCGUGGUCUCGGAGACGUCCGGGCUGGACGACCCGCGCGUGAACCCGUUCGUGGACGACGCGGCGCGCGCGGCCACCGCCGGGAUCCCGUGCGAGCGCGUGCUGGUGUGCGUGGCCGAGAACGACUUCCUGCUCAAGGAGCGGGCGCUGUGGUACUACCGGGAGCUCCAGGCGAACGGCUACGGCGGCGAGGUGGAGCGCUUCGAAUCCAAGGGCGUCGGCCACGCGUUCCACUUCGACAUGCUGGACUCCGAGCAGGGCGUCGAGCUGCAGGAGCGGAUCGUGGCUUUCAUCAAGAAAUGACCACGGCCCAUGCUGUCGUCAAGGAGAGGGUGAUGGUUUCCACCAAAAUAAGGGUUUCUAAGAUUUGUAUCCUAUCAUUAAUCAUUUUUAUACUUCAAUUGUAAUUCCUCGGAAGUUGUAUGGUCAUUGAUUCAUGAUCCUAAUAGAAAUUUCCAGUCUAUUGGAUUGUA